AUGAGUUUGAGUAAACUUUUUGCUGGUAGGAAGAGAAAUAGUUCAGUAUGGAAAUGGUUUAAAUACGAUGCAUCAUCCGACAAAUCAGUAUGUUUAGUUUUACUUGAUGGUAAAAAAGUAUGCAAUACAAAGUUGUGUGGAAAGAACCCAACAAAUCUUAAACUACAUUUAGCAAGAAACCAUAAGUCUGUACACGUUGAGCUGGAAGAGUCGGAAUUAAAGAAAUUAAGUGAAAAAAAGCAAACAGGGAUAAAGAGAAAAGCAGUGGAUGAAAAUGGACCCACUCUUUUAGAAUUGUCCUCAAAUCAGAACCAGACCUUGAUUCAAUGCAUUAAUCGUAGGAAUACCGCAUGGCCUAUUAAUUCACACGAGCAUAAAAUUCGACUAAACUCUCUUAUUCAAAUGAUAAUUGCAACAUGUAAUCCAGUGACAUUGGUGGAUAAUGCGAGUUUUAGAAAGUUAGUUAAUACCUUGGAUUAUAAAUUUUCAUUGCCUGCUUCUGCCAAAAUUACUAGCCUACUUAAUGAAGAAUUUACUGUUUUAACGAGAAAACUUCGUGACUUCAUAUCUAAAGGCAGGCGCUUCACAAUAUGCCUUGAUGGCUGGACUAAAAAAGGUCUUACUGCGUCCUUUUUAGGAAUUUCGGUUUGUUUUUUUCACUUCAAAUCCGAAAAACCAAUACAUGCUCUGCUUAAUUUGUAUCUUGUGAAACAUCCACAUACAGGUGAACAAAUUGCUAAUACUGAACGUGAUAUACUUAUUGAAUUAGAAAGUCAGGUUAAUGAAGAGCAGAUAACAGAUCUGGAAGACGAUGAGAAUAUGACAAAUAGUGAAGAGUGGGAACAUGUUGACUUGAUAGUUGAUGUAAUAGAAAACGUAGCAUUUAGAAGAUUGGGAUGCAUUGCACAUGUUAUACAGCUAGUUGUAAAACUUGCAUAUGAUGGUAAAUAUCAUGGCUUACUUUUGAAGGUACUUGGAUUAGUGGGAAAAGUUCGCAAAUCUUCUGUUGCAUUGGAAAAAAUUAUCAACAAAUGUGGUAAGACUGUGAUCAGCGACUGUUCUACAAGAUAA